UGAGCCCCAAUCCGCGCGGUGCCGCCGCGAAGAGGGCGCGUCUCUCAGGGCGCGCAGGAGGGGAGCCCCCGCGGGAAAAGUGCGAAGGGCGCCGAGGGAGGGCCCGCAGGCGGACGCGCGGGCUCACAGGCCGCGCAUGAAAAAGAAGAGCGAGAGGAGGACGGGGCGGAGGAGGACAAGCGGCGGUGGAGGAGGAGGCGGCGCCGGAGAACGAGGACGCAGAGGAAGCGGAGGCUCCUCCGACCAAGGCCGUCAAGGACGAAUGCUGAAGGCGCCUCCGGCCCCCAGGCUGUCCACCGGGUCGCAUCGGCCGUGCGCUGAAAGGCGAGAGGGGGGGAAUGGAGGAGGGAGGAGGCGGCGGAGGAGGGGGAGGAGCCGAGACAAGGAGGACAAGCGAGGCGCAGCGCCGACAAAACUGCCGGACAGCGCCGCCGCUCAGCGGCAGGCCAGGCAGGCUGGACGCCGCCCUGCUGGCGGCUCCAGCAUCCAGAACUCCACUGGGCCUACGCCCCGCGAGAAGCACACGUGCGGCUCCGCGGCGCGGGCGGCGACACCCGGGAACCCCGCGGCCGCCAGCAGCGGCUCCGCCUCGAGCUCCUCCAGCACCGCGGGCUGACCCGCACGCACCUCCCACUCCGGGUGGGUCACGUCGCCCCGCAGGAGCAACGGGCCGGCCCCCCAGGGGAAGGCCGCGUACACGGAGUACCGCUCAGUGAACCACUUGGCUCGCCCCAGCCAACCCUCUGGAAGUGGGGCUUGUCCCGCCAGGCCCGGCGCUCCCAGCCUCCACCGCCCGGACACGCGCGGCUGCUUGCCCCGGCCCUUCCUCUGAG